AUGGCUGGCGAUCUACGCUUCAAUAUUUCUCUUCAUUAUUCGCAACCAUUUCUAUCUGAAAGCUCUACUGCACUUGGAAGACCGCGAAAAGAAUUCGCCGAGUCAAGCCACAAAACGAAAAAGAGACGAGUUGAAGACCUAGUGGCUUCGUGGAGUACAUCCGAAUUAAUCUCUGCCGCGGAAAUAUCAGCACGACUUUCUGGCUACAGAGGCUUGGCUACCGUAAUUAAGAACGCUAGUGAAAGUUCGGUAAUAUGCAAGGAGAUGAAGAAAUGUGUAAUGUCCAAUGACUGCACCAACCAAAGGUGUUUAACCAAGGAAGAGGCUCUAGCAUUUUAUGUUGACUCAAAGUCAACCAGAGGUACAACCGGUAAUUUAAGGAAACAUUUACGAAUUAAACAUCCUACAAUUGUAAUCGAUGAAGAAACAGCUAUACAAAAAGAGGAAAAGCAAGCCAUAGAUAGUGGUUUAGAUGUUACUAUUAUACAAAGUUCCGAAGAUGAUCAAAGCUUAAAUAAUUUAGUUUGGCAUGAAUUUGAUUUAUCGACGUCCACCAUUGAAAAGUCAAGUCCACUGGCUACUGCAAUAGCAGAAAUACGAAUGUAUUUGGAAGAACCAAAUAUAUCUAGAACAGAAAACCCAUUGUUGUGGUGGAAGUCCAGGAAACUACUCUAUCCCACCCUUGCCCCAUUGGCAAAAAAAUACUUGAGUAUGGUAGCAACAUCUGUUCCCAGUGAACGCGUCUUUUUGAAAGCUGGUCAGUUGAUAACAGAAAGGCGUAAUCGAUUGAAAUCGAAACAUGUAGAAAAACUUAUGUUCCUUAAUUACAAUCAACUACUAAUAAAUAAGUGA